AUGGAGCUUCUGCUGGAGGAGCGACUUGAGGGCGGUGACGGCGUCGACGUUGAAGCCGAGGAAAUUGGACAAGAGAGAGGCUUCCUGAGAUGGAGCGGGAGCUUGAGCAUUGUUGGUUCUUUCUGUGUUCAAUUUAUUUUUCCUGGCAAUGGCUUUGUCCUUCUCCUCAAUGAGCUCAUGAAUUAUUCAGACCUUAUUCAAUCCAUCCGAAAACGAUUUAAGUUUUCGUCCAAUGAUUCUUUUCACCUUGAGUAUUCAUCGCCUGCUUGUUCUGCCAUCUAUUUAGAUAAUGAAUUUGAUUUUAAGAUGCUCUUCUGCUGUGCAAAAAUUUAUCAUAUGGAUAAUGUAGUAGUGACAGUAGUCAAGGAUGUCGGGAAAAGUUGUUCAUCAACUAGUGUAGUGGUUGAUGAUUGUGCUGAGAUGAUAGAUGAGAAUGACUAUCUAGGUGAUGCUUUUAAGGAUGGACCUCAGAAGUAUUUUUUGUCGGAUGAAUGGGGUUCAUAUUUGUCACAUGCUGGGCAGAAGUUUGAGAGCAUUGCAGACUUUAGAGAUAAACUGAGGAAGUUUGCUGUUCAAAGUGGUUUCCAUUAUGUGCUAUCUAGGAAUGAUUCAAUUUACGUUAAUGAUGUUUGUGCAAACCAUGAUGUUGACCACUGUGGCUGGGAAGUGCUUAGAUCUGUUGCUUCUAUUAAUCAGUGCUUUUACAUUACGCGGUUUAAUAAUGUUCAUACAUGCAGAGGUAUGAUAAGGAAUCGUUCUCAUCGGCAAUUAGGGUAUAAAAUUGUUAGGACCUGCAUUGAGUCUACUGUCUAUCUGAAUCUUGGUUUGAAGCCCCGUGAGAUCAUGAGCAAUUUCAAGUCCACUUAUGGUUAUGAAAUUAGUUAUAAGGUUGCUUCAAGAGCAAAAAAGAGGUGUGUGGAAAAGAUGUAUGGCUCGGAAUGUGAUUCGUUUUCUAUGUUAAGCUGGUUUAGGGAAGCUGUGUUGGAGACUAAUCCGGGUUCUUCAGUUGUUCUUGAAGUUGAUGAGAGUACCGAGAGGUUUAAAAGGGUUUUUGUAGCUUAUGCCGGCCAAAUUCAGGGUUUCAAGUUCAGCCUACCUGUUUUAUAUGUUGAUGGUGCCUUUGAAAAGAGCAAAUAUAAGGGGCAGAUUCUUGCUGCAACUGGAAGAAAUGGAAACAAAGGUUUCUUCCCUUUAGCCUUGUGUUUUUGUGAUUCAGAGACUGAAGAAAACUGGUUGUUUUUCUUCAAGCACUUGAAGGCUUUGUUGGAACCGCAAGGAAGGAUUAUCACAUUCAUUAGUGAUCGUGGUGUUGGUUUGUUGAAAGCAUUUGAUCUCAUUUUUCCUGGUAAUCCUCAUCUUUACUGUUAUCAUCAUUUGCGAUACAACCUUAGUCGAAAGUAUAAGAACAAAGGAGGAGAAAUUGUUGUUGCUGAUGUGUUACAAAAAUUCUUUAAAGUGGCUUAUGCAUCGACUGAGAAGUCUUUCUACUUUCAUUUAAAAAAUUUGACAGAUGAGGGUGGUGCUGCUAUUAUUGAUGAAUUCAUAAGGGAGAUUCCAUUGGAACAUUGGUGCCGUGCUUUUUUUAAAGGUUGUCGGUAUGGGAUUAUGACAAAUGGUAUUGCUGAAUCCUUUAAUAACUGGAUUGUUGCUAAGCGUUCACUGCCCCCUUUCGCUAUGUUAGAUCAAACAAGAAUGAAAGAAAUGAAGAUGAUUUUAGAAAUGAGUGUUGAGUCGAAAUCUUGGACUACCAAGCUUACUCCUAAAAUGGAGAAGAGGCUGAAAGAGCAGCUUGAUAGGUCUCGUGUGUUCAGGGUGAUUGCUUCCCAUGAAAAUGUUUAUGAGGUUAGGAAUGAUAAAUUAAUUGCUUUCCCAUGCGCUCAUGCACUUGCUGCUAUACAAGGUGCAAGACUUGAUGUGUAUGAUUUCAUUGAUCCUUAUUUUACUGCUGAAUACUAUAAGAUGUGUUAUAGCUUUCCUAUUGCACCUCUGAGUAACGUGGAUGCCUCUUGUUCUUCCACUGAGGACUUUAUACUACCUCCUGUUAGAAAGAGACCGGCUGGGAGGCCUAAAUCAAAGAGGAUAGCAUCUGCUGGUGAGAAGAAGCUGAUUCGAUGUGGUCGUUGUAAUAAGAUGGGCCAUCAUAACAAGAAGAGCUGUACGAAAGUUUUGAACAUGUUGUUGUAG